UAAACGAUUGGACCUCGGUUUAAUUUAAAGGGCACACAAAUGCUGUGCUGAAACUAUUUACACUAGGCAAACUACAAAAGUGACAUCAAAAUAGUUACAGGGCCGUUAAUUUACUCGUUCAAUUAAUUAGUUAAUAUUUUCUUUAUUUUAUUGUUAUGUCCCUGUAAGGAAAACAGAGUGUAACCGCUAAAUAUUCCCCCAAACACUGUAAUGUUCCUGGUGUAUGUAAUUUCCCCCCUUUAAAAACACGAAUGUGACUUAAUACACAUGAGUCUGCUAUUUAAUUUUCACGUAUUUUGUAUUUAUUCACGCCAGAAAAGUAUUCAGUGUCGUAUAUUUACGUUUCUUCGCCCAAUAAGUUAAUGUAAAGUCAAACAAAUAAGUGACGAGUCCAAGAGAUACAAAUACACUAAAACGCUGGGGCUAAAAUGUGAAGCUAUAGAUUUAUCCUUCAUAGUUGUUAUAUUUAUUUGAGUAUUCAGGGGAGGCUUGAAUGUGAAAAAGCUAUAUACGUCAUCUGCAUUCUGCUUUUCAGACAUGGAACCAUUUGCGUGUUCGCUCUCGUCUUUACACGGAUUGUUUACGGUAACGGUCAAAAUAAUGAGUGUUUACCUGGUUGUCUUUGUAGUAUUGUCCUAUCUGCUUUUGAUAAAAUGCAUAUAUUAUUGGCAUCGGCGAUUGUUUAUGAAGUCGUUUAAAGACGUAUUGAACGCUGAUAUCCGGACUCUGAUUGUGACUGCACACCCGGAUGAUGAGUGUAUGUUCUUCGCGCCAACGAUUAUAAGACUGGUUGAAUUAAAAGCGGACGUUCAUCUCCUCUGUUUGUCUGAAGGAAACUACUACAAUCAAGGAGCUCUGCGUAAACAGGAACUUCUCAACAGCUGUGCUGUGUUGGGGAUACCUGACUCCAGAGUCACCAUAAAAGACCACAAAAAACUUCCCGACGAUCCCAAAGCAGAAUGGAGCGUCUCACUGGUCUCUUCUCUUAUUCUGGACCACAUCCGGGAUCACUCCUUUAACAUGGUGCUGACCUUCGAUGGAAGAGGCGUGAGCGGCCACGCCAAUCACAGAGCCAUCCAUAAAGCUGUCAGCCAUCUCGCCUCCACUGGACGAAUACCAGACGGCUACUGUUUGCUCUCCUUGCAGACCGUUGGGCUCUUCAGGAAAUACAUCUCCUUCCUGGAGCUUCCCGUCAGCUGGCUGCUGCCCUCGAGUCUCAGCUGUGUUAUCGGCUCUCAGGGCUACGUACGAGCCAGGGAGGCCAUGUUCUGCCAUCGCUCUCAGCUCCUGUGGUUUCGUCACCUCUACGUCUUUUUCUCUCGGUACAUGUUCAUAAACACUUUCCAGACGAUCCCACAAGGACCCAAGAAUCUGAAGAUUUACUGAAUCAUCUCACCGUCACACACUGAUUGUUACACUGAUCCCUGUUACUGUGUCCUACGGUUUGUCUGAUGAAUACUGCGGGAGGAUGGAACAAAAAAAAAACAUUUUGUAAUGAAAACAGUCAAAGUUUAGAACGUUUCAAUACCACUAAUUUGACGUUUUUAAAGCUUUUUUUCACCAGCGUUUCCGCUCUUUUGAAAGUGGACCUUUUGUCACAUAAAAUGGUCUUAAAAUCCAUGAAGUUAGCUCGACCACAAGAGCUGACUGUCUCACUGUGAGGCAUCUAGAACUACUACUAGUAGAACUACUAAACUGUAGUGUGAGUGAAUGUAGUGGCUGUUUACACAUGGUCGAAGCUGAUUUGCUCACAGGGAACAAAGAUUUCUUACAAGCCCUUUUCAGACUGCUUUCUACACAAAAGUGCCGUAACUAAGCUCAGCCGUCAUCACAAAUUCAUAUUGGUUCUGCAGCAGCGUCAUAUUCUCGUCCCAGUCUGUGAGGUCACAUUGCAUUUCGCUGUUGUAGAAGCAGAGAGCACAGCGGGAGCUCCACAUACACACACAGUCAGACAUGCACACACACAAAGCGCUGCACUCCCCCGUGGACUCAGCUGAUCUGGUCUCCUGGUGCGUUCCAUUUGAUCUCGGAAGUCGGAAUCUGUGUUACCGCUCUGAUACGUCAUCAGGAACGCCCCCUUAAUUCAGAAUUCUGACAUGUAAACUCUGAGAACCUUCAGUAGCCCGAGUUCAAAUCCAACAUGGCCGCUCUGCUCGGUGCAUCAACAGUAACAAUAAACAUUUAACAUUUCUGUUUAUCAGAAGAUUAGUUUCUCUUUUAGUGUCAUUAAAUCGAUCACACCGAUAGUAUCAUGUAAGUUCUAUCUAUGAACAUGUUGUCAUGUAAUGUUUGUGCACAAACAUAUCGUCUGGUAAAAGCGAACAUGUCAAAGGUACUCCUGGAAGCGUCCAUGUUGCUUGUCUAAUUUGCUUCAACGCGGCUCUGACAUCAGAGGUAAAUGGAACGCACCGUUAGCCCCCGCCUCUGUUACUACCUCUGAAGGUGGCACAGAGGAGGGAUCACUCCCCCCCCCCCCCCCCCCCCCCAUAACGCUUCUGCAGCAUUCACAUUGAAUGUGGAACGUCACGGGGUGUAAAUAUCGCGUCUCAAAGUGAACAGUCUGAACAGGGAACAGGGCCAGCUAAAGCAGCCUGGAGAUAUUUUCUCUACUUUUGAUAAUGAAGCUGACAGAAACUUGUAAACGUGACAGAGAAGCUUUUUAUUGUCUUCAGUCGUGACACUGUAAAGAUGAACCAACACUAAUGAUUGUUGAAAUGACCAUUUACCAUGUCUCUGAUGUCCUGCUGAUUAAAAUAUGUUUGAUUCUCUAUCA